AUGCGCAAGUUCGACCCAGAUUCGUUGCCUUAUCUAAACCCAAAACAGAUAAGGAGAGUGUGUGUGAUCACUGGUGGAAAUAGUGGAAUUGGGUGGUUCACCGUGUUACAUCUAUAUCUACAUGGCUAUGUGAUAUACAUCGCGGGAAGAAGCCGCUCGCGAGUGAGUGCUGCCAUAGAACAGAUCAGCCAGGAGGCCGUGAAGAGACGGUCUAAGCUCUCGGAAAGAGUGUUGAAGACAAGGUGGCUAGGCGAACUCAAAUAUUUGGAAUUGGACCUGCUGAGUCUUAAGUCUGUCGAUAGAGCAGCCAAAGAAUUCAAAGCGCGAGAGAAGUGCCUGCAUCUGUUGAUCAACAAUGCUGGAAUCAUGGCUGUUCCGUUUGAGAUGACCGAUGAUGGAUUCGAGAUCCAGAUGCAAACCAACUUUGUGUCGCAUUUUCUCCUAACACAAAAGAUGAUUCCAUUGAUGGAGACUCAGGUUGAUCCACGUAUAAUAUAUCUUUCUUCUGUUGGACAUUCGCUGAUGCCACUGGCUGUUCCAAUGGACUCGGAGUUCAAUUAUCGCCCUAACAUGCUUUUCACGUGGUUUCGCUACGGGAUGAGCAAGACUGCGGGAAUCCACAUGAUCAAGUGUCUUUCUGUUAGAAAUCCCUCGGUGCUGUCUCUCGCAGUUCACCCAGGCUUCGUCAUGAAUACCAACCUCUUUAGCCAUCUCACCAGAUUGCCUAUACUGGGAGUCUUCUUUUGGUUCUUCUUCCAGUUCUUUGGUUACGUUUUUGGAGUCACCAACGAGACCGGGAGCUUUUCCACAAUCAAAUGUUCUUUGAGUCCCGAUAUCACUGCGGAGAAAGACAAUGGCAAAUACUUCGCUACCUAUGGCAUUGAAAAGUCCCCAAGCACUGUUGCUUCUAGUAUGGCCUGUGCCGACGCAACUUGGGCCUGGGCCACUGCAGAGCUUGCCAGACGAGGAUACUCAAUAUGA